UCGCCUCAGGGGUGUCCAGUCAUAGUAGGCCCGAAUUCAAAGAUAUAGCCGUGUGUGGAAUCAGUAUCUCGUAACACCCUUGAGACUAAAUGAAGAAGUUCAUCGCAUAGACUCAAAGCCUCAGAUGCAUGUGGUGGCCCUAAACCAGCAUGGACUACGUUUCCCAGCAUGCUCUGAGGCAGCCAUCAGACGUGAGUGGUGGCCCUAGGUCUGUAGGGACUACAUUUCCCAGCAUGCUCCGAGGCAGUCCUCGGACUUCCCUACAGCGACGCUCUUUAAAGGGAGGUGCCUAAAAGGGGGCGGGGCGUAGGGCCACGCCCACGUCGGGACUUGGAAUUUUUCUGAUAGUCUGGUGCGCGCGCAGAGGGUCUGGCUGUCGCUGUUUCUUUUGCAGACCUUGCGGAAGCUUUGCCAUGGGUAGCAAGAAGGAGCACAUUAAAAUCACAAGCGAGCCCAAGCCUGGCUUUCUGGAGCGCCUCAGUGAGACGUCUGGGGGAAUGCUCAUUGGCCUUGCUACGUUUGCACUGUCUUUCUACAUCCUUUUUACCAAUGAGGGACGAGCUUUGAAGACAGCUUCUUCUCUAGAAGAAGGGCUUUCUCUAGUGGUCCCUCUUGACAACAUCCAGAAUGUAUUGGAAGAGAAUGAAAGGAAACUGGUGCACCUAUCUGGCCCCCUUCGGACCUCAAAGCCUUUGUAUGAUCCCAGCUAUGGACUUUCUAUCCGGGCUGUCAAACUCAAGCGCCAAGUGGAGAUGUAUCAGUGGGUAGAGUAUGAAGAUUCAAGGGAAUAUGAAGAAGAUGGUGAAAUGAAGAAAGAAACCAGAUAUUCAUAUAAUACAGAAUGGAAAUCAGAAGUUGUGAACAGCAGAAAUUUUGACCGAGAAAUUGGUCAUAAAAAUCCCAGUAACAUGGCUGUUGAGUCUUUCACUGCGGUUGCUUCUGAUGUCCAACUGGGGACAUUCUUUCUCUCCAAAGGUCUCAUUGAAAAAAUUGAUAACUUCAAACAAAUGAGCUUGUCCAAAUUGGAAGAUCCUCAUGCUGAUGUGAUCCGCUCAGGGGACUACUUCUUUCACAGUGACAAUCCACGACGCCCAGAAGUGGGAGACCUUCGGGUUUCAUUCUUCUAUGCAGGUUUGAGUGGAGGCUCAUCCCACCUUGGUCCAGCAGAUGUGGUGACAGUAGUAGCUCGUCAGCAAGGGGACCAGUUGGUUUCAUACCGGACUAAAUCGGGGGAUAUCUUGCACAUUCUCUAUCCUGAUGAACUCUCUCCUGAGGAAGUGUUCCAGAAAGAACAUGAGAGUAACAACAUGAAGACCUGGGGUCUACGUGCAGCUGGAUGGAUGGCUAUGUUUGUUGGCAUCAGCCUUAUGACCAGGAUUUUUUACACUCUGGUGGAUUGGUUCCCAGUGAUCCGAGAGCUGGUUAACAUUGGCCUGAAGGCAUUUGCCUUUUGUUUAGCCACAUCUCUCUCCCUGCUGACCAUUUCCGUGGGCUGGCUCUUCUACCGGCCCCUCUGGGCAGUACUGAUCGGACUGCUGGCUGCUGUUCCCAUUGUGAUUGCACGGUCCCGGAUUCCACCAAAGAAGCAGCAGUGACAAUGUGGAAAACGUGCCUGAAUUUCUUCAGAAGUGUGACACGAAUAGAAUGUCAAUCAUAUUUGAAGCAAUUAAAACUACAUGUGUGCAAACACAAUCUUUGACAUUGCCAAACAGAUGCUAAACACCAAAGAGUUCCAUCAUGGACCUGUAUGUAAAAUAUUUGUUCACUUUUUAAAAAUUAUGUAAUCAUUUGGAAGAAUACAACUGUCCCAGCCUAUCUUUUCGACAUCCCGAGUGAUAAUGAUAAAGUGAAAGUUAUAGAAUGUGUGCUUAGAAUUAAGCAUAUAUUAAAUGAAUCUUCCUUUGUAACUUGCUUAAAGAAUUGCUGCAGAGAAAGUCAAGUGGUGCAGGGCCUUGAUGUGGACCAAGGGAGAAUUUGAAACUGGCAUAUAAAUUGUUGUUACUUUAAUCUGCCUUUUCUCUGCAUAUCUCUUCUAUCAGUGUUUUUAUAUUUUACACACAUGCAGUGGUUUGGGUUUUUUGUCCCAUCCACAUUUUGUUUGUUCUUGGUGUUCUCUUUUGUUGUGAAUGUAAGUUCUCUGAACUUACUUCAGCAUUGGCCGAGUCAAGGUACAGUAUUUAUAAAUCCAUUUUCUUUUGCUGUUAGCGCUGGGUUUGAAACUUGUAUUUCAGUCUGAAUGGAGCAUGGAGGUGGAUCCUGGUUCCAAGCCCUCUGCCCACACACCUUUUUAGAAAUAAUACUGUAUUUGUGAUAAAAUGAUUUUUCAUAUGGGAAAUUAUUUCCCAGAAUACCUUUAAUGCUUAAUCCUCUUGUUUCAGUUAUGAAAGUGGGUCUAUGGUUGGAAUUCUGUUGGGACAUUAAUCUGGCAUAACUUCAAAGAGCACUAGUGCUUCUACUUUUAUAUACUUAUGUAAGGAAGUAUACAGUAACUCAUACAAGCACUGUCCUAUUCAACUGCACACAACAGCCUGCUGUAAGGCACUGGAGACCACAAUGACCAUCUGUAAUAGCUUCUAUAAGUAGGCCAUUGGGUUUGAACGGGACUUUUACCUGAAAAGCUAAUUGAGGACUAGAAGUGUGUGGCCCCUCCAGAUGUUGUCAGAGUGUAACUUCCAGCAGAAGUUAGAGACGCAAGAAUCAUGAAGGAUGAAAUCUAACAAUAUCUAGUAGACCAUACAGUUUGUGAUAGUCAUUCCCCUGUUUCAUAACAGAGAUGGCCUCUUCUACCAGCAGGCAGAAGAAGGCCAUUUGUCAUGAAACAGGGGAAUGACUUUUACAGAAAGCUACUUGGUCAAGUCCAACUCUCUUGUCCUCAGAGGGUGGCAAUGGCAGACAUCUUCUGAAGAAACUUGCCAAGGAAACCCUGUGAUAGGGUCGCUAUAAGUUGGAAACUACUUGAAGGCACAUAAGAGCAACAACAACAAACAGUUCACAAGCCAUAACUGCUAGCAAUAAUAAUUUAUCUAAUGCUGAUGGAGACAUUUAUGUUAAUGUACUACUUCUAAAUGACCACCUUUACAGUAAAGUCUCAUAUAGCCCACUGCAGUUGAGAAAAAGUAGCUACAGUGUGUUAAACCCCAAAUCUCUACCAAGCUCUAUUCUGCCCAUGUUAUUAGGAGAUCAUCAAUCAUAUUGUUCAUGAAUUCCCAAGAGUAAUUACUGGAUGAGAAUCCAGUUUUUGCAAAAUAGAUGAAAGUUCUUCUAACAUGGAGCUAAUCUUGUUCUGUUCUUGGAGGUCAAAGGGCUAUUUGGUCUGGUGGCCACUUCUUGAAUAGGGAGAUCCCAGUAUUUCACCAAAGUCUAGAUAAAAAUUGAGUGGUACUGUCUUGCUGAUUUAAGAUGCUGUGGUGCUACUGUUCAACAUUUUAUUACAUCUGCUGUAUGAUAUCUAUGGGUACAGAUAUAAGUUUUAUGCCUGGUUUUACAUUAAGUGAUAACCAUUGUUUGUAUACUUUACUUUAGCAACCUUUGACAUUGUUUUUUAUGGGUGGAAGUGCCAGACUUUUAUAUUCUGUGAAUAAACCUUCAUAAGUGAG